AUGAAAGAUGAAGGAGGAGACCAAAAACGUGAAUUUGACUCAGACAUUCUUUAUGGGUACCGUCUUGGAACAUUAUCAGAACUAUCCAAAUCUACAUCAGACGGUAUUUCAUUUGGCGUUGAUUUUCAAUACGGUGCAUUUUCAGCCGGUUAUGGUCAUUCAAAAGA